AAGUGAAAGAAUUUUCAGAUGUGUUGUUCAGCUCAACAGUUCAGCGGAGGAACAGAAAGAUCUGCAGGCAUUAUUUGAGGUGAUGGUCAGCGGCUGAUUGUUUCCUGAAAGCUCUGCUAAAGUCUGCAUUGGUGUUUUAGCUGCAGUAUGGCAGAGGAGCAAGUAAAGGACUCUCUCUCAGAGAAACACAGUGUGAAAUCAGGAUCAAAUGUUUCUAGCUCUGUGUCUAUGAAGAGUGAUGGGUCAAUAGGUCCUCCACCAAACCUCAGGGAGAAAACACCAUCAUCUACCAAAAGUGUGAGAUCAGGAUCAUGUGUGUCCAGCUCUGUGUCUAUGAAGAGUGACGAGUCAAUAGGUCCUUCACCAGACCCCAGGAAGAAAACACCAUCAUCUACCAAAAGUAUGGAUAGAGAUGAUCAGACUGGAGACCUGCAGCAGGAUUCACUCCAACCAGAACAUGAUGAACUCCAGAGAGUCAAAGAGCAGCACAAAACCAGCAUGAAGAACAAGUAUGAGAGAUUAUUUGAGGGAAUCAACCAUCGAGAGACUCAAACCCUCCUAAACAGGAUCUACACACAGCUCUACAUCAUAGAAGGAGAGAGUGAAGGAGUGAAUGAAGAACAUGAGGUUUUACAGAUGGAGAAAACAGCCAGAACAAAACCCUCACAACACACUCCAGUCUACUGCAAUGACAUCUUUAAAGCCUCAGCUGGAGCAGGACAUGAGGAGAAGAUCAAGAAGAAGAAAGCCCAGAUCAAGACUGUUCUCACUAAAGGCAUCGCUGGAAUCGGGAAAACCAUCUCUGUGCAGAAGUUCAUUCUGGACUGGGCCGAGGGAAAAGACAAUCAAGAUGUAGAUUUCAUGUUUGUGCUUCCAUUUCGAGAGCUGAACUUGAUCAGAGAUCAUGAGUACAGUCUUCACAGACUUCUGCUGGACUUUCAUCCUGAACUUGAAGAUCUGGAGCCCAAGAUUUAUGAGCAGUGUAGAGUUGUGUUCAUCUUUGAUGGUCUGGAUGAAAGCAGAAUCACACUGAACUUUUCAGAUGAGGAGAAAGUUUGUGCUGUGACUGAAUCUUCAUCAGUGGCUGUGUUGAUGUGGAGCCUCCUAAAAAGAGAUCUGCUUCCCUCUGCUCUCAUCUGGAUCACCUCCAGACCAGCAGCAGCCCAUCAGAUCCCAUCCAGAUACAUCAACCGUCUGACAGAAAUUCAGGGAUUCACUGAGCCUCAGAAGGAGGAAUAUUUCAGGAAGAGAAUCAGCGACGAGCAUCAAGCCAGCAGAAUCAUCUCCCACAUCAGAAGAGCAAGAAGCCUCCAGAUCAUGUGCCACAUACCCGUCUUCUGCUGGAUCUCCUCCACUGUGCUUCAGAAGCUUCUGGAAGAAGAUCUGAGUGCAGAAAUCCCCCAAACUCUGACUGAGAUGUACAUCCACUUCCUGCUGAUUCAGAUCAACAUGAGGAAGCAGAAGUAUGAAGAGAGAGAUCCAGAGAAACUCCUGCAGUCCAGCAGAGGAGUGAUCCUCAAACUUGCUGAAGUGGCUUUCAGACAGCUGAUGAAGGGCAAUGUGAUGUUCUAUGAGGAGGACCUGAUUGAGAGCGGCAUAGACGUCACUGACGCCUCAGUGUAUUCUGGGAUCUGCACUGAGAUCUUUAAGGAGGAAUCUGUGAUUCAUCAGAGGAAAGUCUACAGCUUCAUCCAUCUCAGCUUUCAGGAGUUUCUGGCUGCUUUCUUUGUGUUUUACUGCCAUUUAACAAACAAGAGAGAACCACUGGAGUUGAUUUAUGAGAGAGAAUAUUCAUAUAAUCAACAUGUACAGGCCAGCUCUGAGAAGUCUCUGUAUGAUCUGCUCAGAUCAACAGUAGAUAAAGCUGUCUGGAGUAGGAAUGGUCAUCUGGAUCUGUACCUGCGGUUCUUGUUGGGCAUCUCACUGGAGUCCAAUCAGAGACUCUUCCAGGAUCUGCUGACACACAGAGAGGAGAGCUCAGAGAGCAUCAGGAGAAUCACACAGGCCAUUAAAGACAAGAUCAAGAGAGAUCACCGACUCUCAGCUGACAGAUCCAUCAAUCUGUUCCUCUGUCUGCUGGAGGUGAAAGAUCAGACUCUGUCCAGAGAGAUUCAGGAGUUUGUGAAAUCAGACAAACACUCAGAGGAGGAAUUCUCUCCUGCUCACUGCUCAACAAUCUCCUACAUGAUUGAGAUGUCAGAGGAGCCGCUGGAUGAGUUAGACUCUAAUAAAUUCAACACAUCAGAUGAGGGAAGACGGAGAUUGAUACCAGCUGUGAGAAACUGCAGAAGAGCUCUGCUACAGUGGUGUAAACUCAAUGUUCAGUGCUGUGAGAGUUUGUCUUCAGCUCUACAAUCCUCAAACUGUGUCCUGAGAGAGCUGGACCUGAGUAACAAUGACCUGCAGGAUUCAGGAGUGAAGCUUCUCUCUGAUGGACUGAAGAGUCAACACUGUAAACUGGAGACUCUGAGAUUGUCUGGCUGUAUGGUGACAGAGGAAGGCUGUGGUUUUCUGUCUUCAGCUCUGACUUCAAACCCCUCACACCUGAGAGAGCUGGAUCUGAGCUACAAUCAUCCAGGAGAUUCAGGAGUCAAGCUGCUCUCUGAACAACUGGAGGAUCCAAACUACACACUGGACAAACUCAAUCUGGAUCAUGGAGGAGACGUGAGGAUUACAGCAGGACUGCACAAAUAUGUCUGUUUCCUCACACUGGAUCCAAACACAGCACACACUCGUCUCAUUCUGUCUGAGGAGAACAGAGAGGUGAAGAGUGUGUUAGAGGAUCAGCCGUAUCCUGAUCAUCCAGACAGAUUUGAUGGUGUGUAUCAGGUGUUGUGCAGAGAGAGUGUGUGUGGACGCUGCUACUGGGAGACUAACUGGAGUGGAGAUUAUGCUGUGUGUAUAUCAGUGUCAUAUAAGAGCAUCAGGAGGAAGGGACGAGGUGAUGAGUGUGUGUUUGGAUAUAAUGCUCAGUCCUGGAGUUUGCGCUGCUCUUCCUCCAGUUUCUUAUUCAGACACAAUAACACACACACUCGUCUCCCAGUAGAGCCGCUCAGCAGGAGAAUAGGAGUGUUUGUGGAUCACAGUGCAGGAACUCUGAUCUUCUACAACAUCUAUAGAGACACAAUGAGCCUCAUCCACUCAGUCCAGACCACAUUCACUGAGCCGCUCUGGCCUGGGUUUAGGCUUUAUUCUGGAUCAUCAGUGAAACUGAGCUGAAUGUAGGGGAUCUACAAAUCCGAUUAUGAGAGAACAUUUAUUUUGAAAUUUGACAUGGGCGCCGCCAUUACUUUCUCCGGUGUGUGUGCGUGUGUGUGUGUGUGUGUGUGACGAACGCGGGCAGGCACAGAGAGUGAGGGGAGAGAAAAAAGCAAGUUGUGACAGCAGUGGUGAGCUUAUGAGGAUUGUGACGUUUUAAAACUUUUUGAUCAACUUAAAAUGUUAACUGAUGAUAUACAUCAAAGCUAGAUUACAUUGCUUCUAAGUCUCGUUGAUUUUAAGUCUCCAUAUAGUUUAACGAGCCAGUUAUGGCUCGUUAUCACUGACUGGUACGGUACAGUACGGUUCGGUUUGGUACGGGUCACCUUUAUCAGGCUUGCGUUUCCACUAACAAGGGUACCCUUUUGGUGGCCGUGGUGUAUGACAGAAAGUUUCAGUUGACGUCAUUCUCGCUUGAGAAAAUGUCUACAGUAAAGCUGUACAGGUCACUCACAUAUCAUAUGAAAAGCACUUCUCACAACACAGAUGCUUCAUACACAUAAAUACUUGUGUAGAAAUGUUUACUACUAACUUUACUAUGAACAUGAGUUGAUUAUAACUGCAGAUCAAUGACAGUGCGAAACAGCCUACUGUAACGUCUGUAAUUAUAUUAAAUAACUAAAUAAAUGAACAUAUAUAAACACAAACAGCCCUUUACAGUCUCCGAUAUGUUACCAACUACAGAAGAACUACAUAUAGCAGACAUUUCACCCGUAUUUAGGUUCAAAAUCAACACAAAAUAUAGCCUACAGUCAGUGAAAACCUCUCAUCUGUGUCUGUAAUCCUCAGCAGCAUAUGUAGCCUCUGUUAGACAGUAAUUCCCUCAUUCCCGGUUCAUAUUAGUCCAAAAUGUGAAGAUAAGUUAGUUAUACAUGGUAUUUUGUUCGCGUUUGCUGAAAAAAUAAUGUGCUCCUUUUUUUCCGGCUUCUCCUUUGUUUCUUCACGCUUCACUCUCACGUUUGUCAGUGUCUGACAGGAUCGGGUUUCAAAAGCACGUCAAUAAUCAAGCGCAGGUUAUUAUCAUCAGCUCAAGAAGUUUGUUAUUUCAGAUAUAAUGUUAGACGCGCGCGUGCGCUAGCAAGAAAGCAAAACCGCUCGCGCCUCAGACUGGCUCGUAAAAAACUAUGAGGCACAGGGUAAAUCUGCUCUUCUUCUUGGCUUUGUGGCUGUUCAUCCAGACGACUACAAGGUUUGUUUGAGCCCGGGUCGACCAUGGCUCGUUAUUAUAUGUAUAAAUAAUUCCGCUAUAAUCUCUCGGCUGUGUAUUUCAAACAUGGCGGGUUUUUUGUUUUCAUUCUGGCUUGUUGCGUAAGCGAAUGACGUAUCUCUGUAAACCAAUAGCGUUCAGCUGCGCGUGUGGCUCCGCCUUUUGGUACCUUUUCUCAUGUUUGGUACCCUUUCGAAAGGGUGCCCAAAAAGGGGUACGGUACGGUUCGGUUUGGUACGCUUUUUGAUAGUGGAAACGGCCAUAAAAGCGUACCAAACCAAACCGAACCGUACCACUCAGUGGAAACGGGCCAUUAUUAGUAGUGACGCAGUGCAGCAAGUUUUUCGCCGUGCUCGUGAGUGAAGCGGAUUAACAGACCUGCUGUUGAAGUCAUUCGGGUUAUUCAGUGCUGAAGUUGAAUACUCCCGUGCAUUUUUGAGAUUUACAUCCGGAUUUUUGUUAGUUCAAAUGAACUCAAAACGUAGUGGAUGUGUGGCUUAUAUUUGCGAGGAUUUUUGCAUUGGAAAGCAUCGUGUGUUGGUUGUGUUCUCUGGUUGAUCGCCGUUGGACUGGAUUGUGGCCUUGUUGGAUCGUGCUGUGCCUUUCAGGAUCACGAGGGCAAUCGUUGGGGAUCAAAGAGUAAAAGGAACAUUACCCUGCCUUUCCAGACUCCUUUCAGCGCUCCGUCCUGAACUCAAGGAUGGUGACUCAUUAUAUUAAAAAAUCCGAUAUUAUCAAAUUGUAUGAAGAAGGAGGUCUGAAUUGAGUUUGAAAGUAAGAAUACUAUGUUAAAACUUAAAUGGCUUCAAAGGUUUUUGGGUAAUACUGAGAGUUUCUGGUACACUGUUCCUCGUGCCUUGUUUAACAAACUAGGAGGCAUCCAAUUUCUUCUCAGAUGUGACUUUGACUUGCCUAAAUCUCCAUUGAAGCUUUUAGCAUUCCACCAACAAGUCUUGUUGUUUUGGAAACUAGCGCGCACACAAUUUUACACCCCACAAUACCCCUAUCUGGAAUAACAAGUAUAUUAUACAUUGGAACAAAUCCAUUUUUUAUGAAGAAUGGUUAAAUAAAAAUAUUUGGUCAGUAACAGACAUAAUGGAUGGAAGGGGAAAUAUUCUAGAUUAUAAUAUUUUCACUCUAAAACAUGGAUUUGCUUGUCAUCCAAAUCACUUUUUCACUGUUAUUAAUGCACUAUUCUCAGGUAUAAAAAUGUUAAUGAAAAGUUCCCUAUCCAAUUCGAAAAUUACACCAGUCCCUCUCGUAUUAUAUAUUGGUGAGAUUGAAAUUGAUAAUAAACUUUGCACUAAUAAACAUUUAAGACAAAUAAUUAUCCAAUCUUGCUUCCCCUAUCAAGUAUUAAGAAAUAAGUUAUUUCAUUCAUUGGAUAAAAAUACUAUGUCCUGGCUA